AUGCGAGAAGGCCCGGGAAGCAUCAGCUGCACCCGGGAGAGGCACAAAAACAUGGCAGACACCUGUGCAAAUCCAGAAUCAAAGGCAACAUCACCAAAAAGGUGCAAAUCUUGGCAGGGUGUCCGUAUCACUGAUUCUGUGGAUGAUGAUGAAUUACUAGUGACCAGUGUUAACCAAACCCAGGAUUUAAUGCAACUCAAGGACACGGAGGUGCUGUUUGCUCAUUUAAAAGCCACGGACGACUGGAUUCAGGUCUACAGCCUGGAAAGCUUGCAACUCUCGCUGGGGGAUUUGAUGAAGAAAGGCAAUGCUACAACGGAUGUAAGAAAUGCGGUGGAGCACAUGGAGUUUACCCAAGAGGCUGUUAACGAUUUUGAAUCUCAGUUGCGAAUAGCCAUCGAUCUGUAUGACAAGCGAGUGCGUUGGCUUCUGCAGGGCAGCAAAAAGAUGUUUGGUGUUAUUCAAGGAAGCAAACUUGGAGUUCUGAUUGAAAUGUCCAGCGUAAGUUGUGGACCAAGUCUACAAGAACUCCAGAUGGAUCUUCUGUCAUUAGUUGAUGAACAGCUGCGUUACAUGAGGAAACUCUACUUCAUUUCGUUUGGAGCUGAAAUCUCAGCUCUGUGGGAGAAGCCACAAGCAACUGAUGGGGAGAGAUUAAAUGAAGCGAGGCAGUGGGUCCAGCAGCUAAAACCCAGCAGAGGCUGCAAUUUGCUAAAAGCUUUGAAGAAUGUCCUGGCUAUGAGAGAUCUGGAUUCGAUGGUGAUUAUUGUAGGAAGCUGUCCAGACCAGGCUUCAGGAAUUUUGUCUGAUUACAUCCAGCAAUGUUCAACAGGAAGACGUAUGCUGGUCCAUACUGUGGCAUACAAUUGCAGCAGUGAAGCCCCUCCUGCCAUUCUAAAGAGUUUGGCAGAAGAGAUGAGAGGCCAUUACCAUUGCUAUUCAGGAAAGAGUGAGAAUUGCAACAGCACGGAUAUUCAUCUGGUUCUUAGUGAGCGGCAAAAAGCAGAUAGCUUGCUCGAGAUCGUAAAUGAAAUGUACCAGGGCAAGAUGGGUGACCCACUUUUUAAUUUAGUGAAAAAUAGUUCAAUGGAACAUGUGAAGUCAUCCUCUCUGGUGCAGCUGACCAAACCCCUCCAGCAUGAACGCCUUCUGGCCAUCCAAAUCCCCAACUUCUUGGCCAAAACCUCCGCAGAAUGGUUAAAAACCAAUGGCUUGCGAGCCAAGAAACUCAGCCUUUACCAAGUUUUAGCCCCCAAUGCUUUUUCACCGGUGGAAGAAUUUGUGCCCGUGCUUCGAAAGACGGUAUCGUCCACUUUGCAUGGGAAAGCCAUGAUGCAGUUUGAAUGGCACGACGGGACAGUGAAAAAUGUUCACGUUGAUCUUCCAAUAUUAUAUAAUUACCAGAAGCAGCUUGGGCAGAUGGUGAAGUUGUACGAGAGACGCAUUGAUUGGCUGUCCCUUUCUAGCAGAAGAAUUUGGGGAACCGUCUGCGAGAAGAGGGUGCUUCUACUUGUUGACAUCUCCAGGACAAAUUCCCUCUACCUCUUUCAUAUCCAGCACUGCCUACGACUUUUGCUGGAGGAGCAGAUGUCGAGUAAGGACUUCUUCAACAUCCUUGCCUUUGGAAGUGAUGUUAAGGCUUGGCAGCCUGAAAUGGUCCCACCUCACCCAGAUAACUUACAGAGUGCUUGGAGGUGGGUGCUGAGCCUGCGCUGCGAAGGCACCAGAAAUGUUAUGAAGGCCCUUAAAAAAGCCAUGGAGGUGGAUUUUAAAGAGAAAGACAGGCACGAAUCUCAAAGCCUUUAUCUGCUUGUAGCUGGAAUCCCUGAUCAGGAGACGCACCUAAUCUCUUCUUAUCUGGUUGAAGUCUGUGGGGGCUGUGAUUUGCAGCUACAUGCUUGCCUCUUCAGUGUUAAUGGUUAUUCCCUUGAAGAUGACAUUCCACCACGCUAUGCAAGUCCAAAUGAAACUGCCAUCGCUUACAAAGAAAUUGUGCAGGCCGCCAAUGGCCGCUUCCAUUGGUUUGGAGAAACAGGUAUCAACGAAAGUGAUGAUAUCAGCAUUAUCCUUUCUGAAAUGGAAAAAGCAGUCAACUAUUCUCACAAGUGUGCCUUGUUAGUGGAAUCCUUAAGGCAGAGAUCAGGAAACGUCUUGGGGAACCAGUCACUGUUCAAAGAAGAUGACCUCUCGUCACUAAAGAAGGAAGAGAAGACCAGACCAUCAAAAUUACCAUUCCCAAGGCCAACAGCCCUCACCCUUGCCAGGAAGGUAUGAUGGUACUGCUACUUCAAGGUGAAAUCUCACCAAGAUGGCGAGAGAAGUGGUAACAUAAAAGCCCUUUCGUGGCGUCCUCCGAGUGGCAAAGCGGAAAUCCCACCAGUUCAGCCCAUAAAAGAGAUUUUCCUGGCAAGAAAGAAAUUGAACUUCAAGGCAAAGAAACAGCCAGAGAUUUCAGCCUCUUUCUUUUAUCCCAGCCAAAGAAAAAACAUAGGCACAGUUUGCAAAAACGAUUUGAAUCUCAAGAGCCGGAAGAGGUUGAUUCCUUCCGUUGUGUUGCCCAGAGAAAAAGAAAUAUGCUCCACCAAGGCGUGGCUCAGCAAAUACAGCAUAAAAAGGCUGAAGUUAGAUUUGCCCAGUCUUGUUUUUGGACCCGGGAGCGUGCAUCAGAAGCAGAUGGUGGAGUCGCUGCGCAAGAAAGUUUCAGCAAAAUACUGCGACAUUUUCCCUAGCAUAGAAAUGCAGGGGAUGGUGAAGCAUCUGCAGAUUGAACCCAAGGAUUUGGAAGAUUACAUGGAGCAAAUGGAGAGAGUGCUGCAAUGCUAUAUCCGAAGAGUACAGUGGCUUCUCUCGGGCAGCCGCCGAUUCUUUGGUGUCAUUUUGGAAGCCAAUGUCUGCAUUCUUAUUGACACAUCUGGUUCCAUGGACCACUCCUUGAGUCUGGUUGCCAAAGAACUCACCUCUCUUAUCUGGGAACAGCUGAGGAAGAAUGACACCAAGUUCAACCUAAUUGCUUUUGCGCAAGAAGUCCAAGUUUGGCAGGAGUGCCUUGUGGAGGCCACUGAUGAAAUGUGCCAUGAGGCUGCCCAGUGGGCGUCAUCAUUUCAGGCUCAUGGGAAUACAUCCAUUCUGAAGGCUUUACAGAGAGCAUUCAGUCUUCAAGAUGUAGAAGCCCUGUAUAUUCUGACUGAUGGAAAACCUGACACCAGUUGCAGCUUAGUUCUCAAAGAAAUUGAAAUGCUUAUGAAGAAACGGCCCGUUACCAUCCACACAAUUUCUUUCAAUUGCUCGGACAGAGUAGCAAAUGACUUUCUCAAGAAACUGGCCUUCCAGACAGGUGGGCGCUACCAUCGGUGCCAUGGAGAAGUGGAUGGACAAUUGGCAGCACACCGACUGCUUUCAGAAGGCUUCAAAGAUGAGGAGGAUCCUGUUUUCCCCUUGUUUGAAGGAGAUGAUUUGAAGAAGCUUGUUGGAGAAAUAAGCAAAGCUAGAAACUAUUUAAUGCAGGCAAAGCUGUUUAGAUCACUUUUAGAAGAAAAGAAUAUAAAUCAGAAGAACCAUCUCUCUUAAUACAUCUGCUUCAGGUACAAUGUAUACAUGUGUGAUUGUUAAUCUUUGAAGCUAAAUAGCUGUGCAUUUUUCAGAUGCAAGUACCAAGGAAAUACAAAUUUGGAAAUACAUUUAUUCUAAAUAUGUGAAUCUGUAAAAAGUUCCAGAAACACCAAAAGUGGCCAUAUAUAUUUAGAACUGUGAGAAUUUCCAGUAGCUGUAAGACAAGUCUCAUUCACUCCAGAAUACACCAGACUUAAAUCCAAAUCCAGAUGGGGAGAAUGGACAAUGGGAUGACCAACAGAAACCAACACAAUGGAGCAGACGGGUUUCAAGCUUGAAAAAGCUGUAUUCUGAAUAUGCAGCACUUUGAAGCUGACCAAAUAGCCCAUCUCAAAUGUGGGACAGCAAUUUUCCAUUGAAAACAGCUGUUUUGAGCUGGAGAGAGGUGUUUCAAACUCAAGACGGGGUGUGCACCAUUUGGAAUUCUUCAAGUUAAA